AUGCUGAGCUUGAGAAGAACCGUCGGAACACCUGUGUCAUUGGCUUGGGCAACAGGUCUUCCAUCACUAGAGGAGCGGGUGGCUCGUCUUGAGAGGUCGCAAUUCCGAGAGAACCAUCCAGGCGCUGGGCCUCGCGAGAGUGAGAUUGCACCGACACAGUACUCGAACCCUGGAUACGCCUCGAAUGGCAGCACCUUCGAUGGGGACAGAGCUGCUCAGCAUGUCGGUCGAACUGAGCGGAACGGUUCAUUGAACCGUAGCUCUCCAGCCAUCGGUCUCCUAGCAACGUUUGCUCGUUCUGAAGGAGAUCAAGGCACAGCCGGUUUACUUCAGAGCCCUGUGAACCUCCGGGACGACCUCGCAAGUAAAUCACAUGGACAGCGAUGCAGUUCUGAUGAGUCCUUCGGGAUACUGCCUAUAGACCGGUUCACUGAAGAAGUUCUCUUUGAGCUCUACAAUGGCAAGAUUCACAGCAGGUAUCCCUUCUUACGACUGCAUCACCUGCGCGAUCCCGCACGACGACCUACGGAUCAUUGGAUUGGGUAUUUCAUGAAUAUGAUCUACUCAAUCGGCCUCCUAGUGAGCAAGAACAGUGAUGUACAUAUACCACAGGAGAAACACCAGGCCUUUCACCGCUUGGCCGUGACACGGUAUCUGUCACACGUCUUUGCGCAGCCUGACCGUCUACUCCAUAUCCAGGCCUACCUGCUCUUGGCGAUGCAUGCGCUGUACUCGCCAUCGUCUGAAAGAAUCAUUUCCAUUGCCUCGGCUACCAUGCGCUACUGUGUCAUGGCUCAGCUACAUCUGGCAGACGCCGAGCCCGAAUCCAUCAACCCAGAGGACAAGAUACGGAUACAAAUGCGACGUCGCGUCUUCUGGUCUGCCUACGGUUUGGAUCGCGUUGUUGGUACCAUGUUCGACCUCCCGUUCUCGAUACCUGAUUAUCAGAUUAAUGUCAAGAUGUACGCAAACAUCGAUGAUACCGACUUGGAUGACAGGUGCAGAGCCUCUUUCCCCGACGACCCACCGAGUCAACCCAGUCAAACCAAUGUGUCCGCAGCACUUCAUGUUGUCUUCUGUCGGCAGAUUCAGUCAGAGAUCCUGAACACCACGCUCCACCGAGAUUUUGCCAAAGAGCUGGAAUCUCAACUCAACUGGCGACUUCGGAUUCUCGAGAAGCUGGAUAGGUGGAAAUCAUUAUGCCAUCGCUACACAGAUCGAUCUCGAUACGACCUAGGGAGUGAGGCCACGAAGAGCGAAUGGCUCCACAUGAUCUACAACUAUAGUCUUCAGAUGCUGUACCGCCCGACCAAACAUAACGUGUCGGGACCUGCAGGGGAUUGGACCGUCCGAUCUUGUGUGCAGGCAUGCUUGAUAUUCCGGAGAUUCCAGAAAACCACGAUGACGAUGAGCGAAGCAUAUUUGGCUCUAAUCGCACAGUUCAAGUCUGGUGUUGCCCUUCUAUAUUGCUUCUUUGCCACACCACCAGACGUUAGGUCGCCUACGUUCAAGGAAGUCGAUGUGCCUGAGGCAGUCCGAGCAUGUAGUAUAAUACUCUCGCUUCUGGCCGAGCGUUGGACGCAGGCAAGAUAUCUGCGGGAUACUUUUGACAUUUUGGCUCGCGAGGUUCCGGUGGCUGAUCCAUUCGGCCCGGCAGGGGAGAUGCCGAGCCGGAGGAUACGACCAGAGUCUGCCAGCUCACUUCUGACCAACUUGCCCCAUCUUGAAACGAUUGUAGUUCACCGGGACACUCUACGCAUGAUCAAGGAAAUGGCAUCUGACGAGUUUCCUCGGUCAGCGAGGUACAAUAUAUCGCCAAAUCAUGGCACCGACGUCGAUGGACCACAUCAUGGCCCUGACAACGACGCGUCUUCCCUGCACACGACGAUGACUGGGGACAUCUUCCAGCCGAUCACACCACAUUUCUUCAUGCCAGAGCUUGGGGAGCCCGACUCCAAUAAUUUUGAUUACCCAGAUCUGGGUUUCCCUGGCAUAUUCGACGAUGGCUCAUUCUGA